GUUGAGUGUUCACCGGUUAUUCAAAAUAAAAACUCUAACUCAAAGUAUGGAAUUCGUAGACUUGCUAAAGACGAUCACAACUGGCUGGUAUUUCCAUCUGAUGGUGCGGUUCAUAGGUCUACAUAUUACAUCAAUAUAUGUAAAGCCUUGGUUCCAAUGAAAGGUAUCAACUGCCCUGCAGGCGCAUCGGCUUGUGAACAAACAAUAUCUGGAACAUUCUUGAGCCUUGGUCGUGCGGCUGGUCCACCUAAAGUCGACGGCAACAAGAUAAUAGUGACUUAUAUMAACGGUACUAACAACGCUCAGACACGAAUAGAACUGACGUGUAACCAUGGUAGCCUGGGUAAGCCAUUAUUUGCGUACAAGGAUAAGAACUUAUACACCUUUACGUGGUCUACAUCGGCUGCUUGUGUCAGUCAGGAAGUCGUUGAUUUACCUCGAUGCCGUGUGUUCGACAAAGAGACAGGAUUCUACUAUGAUAUCAGCUCACUACGAACUGCCAACCAAGAUGGUUAUGUCGCGCUUGCUGCUCCAGACGGUGGCACAGUAUAUGCUUCUGUAUGUCGUAGUCUCCCCGUCAAGCAGUGUACUGGUGCUGGUGUGUGCUUAGCACGUUCAACAGGCAACAAUCAAGCCCUCGGGUUGUUUCAGUACAUGACUAUGACGUAUAUUUAUGAAGAGAAUAUGCUGGUGAUUAAAUACUGUGAUCGUCAGUGCGAUUCUGAACAAGUAAAGUACAAAUCAAGAAUAAUGUUUAUAUGCGAUGAGACUGUAACCUCUAGUAACACAGGAUAUUCUCUGGAAAGUAUUGAUAGCCGUGGCGUUGACAUCAUAUGGAGAACAAGCCUUGUUUGCUCACCAGCUCAGGAAGAGUGUGUGUUUAAAGAUCAAGAUCACUUGUACGACCUGCAGCUAUUGUCCAGUAAAAAGAAGAGUUGGCAUUACAUCACCUCUACUGGAGAUAAGUAUUGGUUGAACCUGUGUCGUGGUAUUAACGACCAGACAGGCUGUCCCCGGUCGGCAACAGUUUGUGCACAAUUGGGUAGCAACAAAAACAUAGUAGUAUUGGGAUAUGGGAAAACUCAAACCAUGUCAAAGAGUACUCCAACCGACAAACAGAUUCUGGUACAUUACACGGGUCAGAGUAACAUACCUGUGUGUACCAAGAGCACGGUUAAAGCACAUGUACUGUUUCAAAUGAUAUGUGGACAACAUGUUGGAAAACCGUCUCUUUAUCAUGUGGAUGCAUUGAGCUGCACUUUUACAUUCAGAUGGACAACAGUUGCUGCUUGUCAGCUUCACAGUCGAGAAGCGGUUCCAAUGCCCAACUGUCGCGUCCAGCAUCCUUUAACGGGAMAAACUGUAGACUUCAGUAAACUUGACAAUGGCCCGAUCACAGUCGAUACAUUUGCAUUUCGCAUCUGUGAUCCUUUACCGGGUAAUUACCUGCAAACACUGUGUGCCGGUAAAUGGGUGUGCAACAAUGGUAUUGGCUAUGACRCCACACCCAAACUUUACUAUGAAGACAAUAUCUUUGAGCUGUGGUUUACUGCCAAGCGUCCAUGUGAUCAAUCUCCUCAAGGCAAAGAAACGUUCAUUAUUAACUUUCAAUGCGACGAAUCAAUAAAAGGCUCGGGAAAGCCUAUCUUUGAGUACGAUUCCACGAGUUGCCACCAUGUAUAUACCUGGUCUACUCCUAUUGUGUGUAUAAAAGACCAGAGCCGUGUUAUCAUUGAUCCUCWCCCCAGUCCUCAUUCAUCUGGAUCAUCUGCUGGCAAAAAGGCGGGAAUCGCGUUUGCUGUGAUAGCAGUGUUGCUUGUCGUUGCUGCUGCUGUAUUUGUACUGCACAACCGACGAAGAAGACAAUCCUUGGUUCUUUUUGUACGAGAAAAUGUCAGAAAAGUACGAAACAAGAAUACCAGUGGUUCUAAUGCUGUCUACAAAUAUCAGAAG